AUUGUGCGGUUCAACUUGAUCACGUUGUUGCAUAUGCAACUUGUCAACGGCUGCCUUGUGCAUCUACUGCUAGCGGUGAUUCCAUAUAUUGCGUCCAGCUCACAAUGUGCAGUCUGUCAGCUGUCCCGUCAUGAUGAUCAGACUUGCACAAAGCAGGUUUGUACUUGCGUGCAUUUGCCUGUGCAUAUGCACUUCCACUAUAAUUCCACAGCACAGCAUACAUCUUUGAUGCGAGUGUGGGGGAAGUUGGAGCCGUAUUUGCAAAAUGUCAGACGACAACGCCGUGCAUUUAGCACCAUGCAGGCUACCGCAUUUGCAAAAGCCAGAAUCUCUCACCAUAGGACCACGAUGCUGACAUGCGAUCGGCUAUCAGCCCAUAUGCAACCCCCACAAUUGGGACCACGUUGCUCAGCGUCUGAUUCCAUGCAGGUUCGCAUGGCGCACCCUGUCUCGGUUGUCGUACUGCGAAACUCUUGGUAUGUCGCACAUGUCCAUCUCCGCAGUUUGGGCAGGUGGAUCGGCAUGGCCAUGCAGAACAACUGGAUACCGGUGGAUAUCCAGCCCCAUUCAUCGCGGCAUGACGUCUAA